CACUUUCACUCUUGCUGGGUGUUUUGUAGUCAAGGGAAGGGAGGAGGGCUCCAGACAGAGCGUGGCUGCAUUGUCGCAGUAACACAACUUAUCCCAUCGAGCUGCUCUUCAGCAGCCCACAACAUCCUCCAGGUCGACUUUCUGUGACUGGACAAGGCUGGUCUGGGCUUCGUAACCAUAAACCCCACUGUCUGCGAGGGUUUCCCGUUACUAUCGUGGAGUCUCGGCGGCUGUCACCGAGAUCUGGCGCAGGAGCUGACAGACAGAUAACUGCUUGCUUCGCCCGGCGCCGGGAGACACCAAACCCGGGCGUCGGGAAGCGGAGGUUUCGGCUAGUUGGAAGCUAGCUGGCGUUAGCCGGGAGACUCACUAUCGGACCAGCGCCUUUCAAUGGCUUUGAAUUGAAGAGUCUCUCUUCGUGGAGAUGGAAUGAAACAUGAAGGGUGGAACUAUUUUGCCAUUUAAAUAGGAGGGCGUCGCUUCAAGGCACAGCUUCACUGUGUAACUGAGCUGGGAGACUGAGGGGAAGAUGCCACCCAGGCCAUCUUCAGGGGAGCUGUGGGGCCUCCACCUGAUGCCCCCCAGGAUCCUGGUGGACUGCCUUCUACCCAACGGGAUGAUUCUGACCCUGGAGUGUCUCCGUGAAGCCACACUUAUCACCAUCAAGCAUGAGCUGUUCAAAGAGGCCAGAAAAUAUCCACUCCAUCACCUCUUACAGGAGGAGACUUCCUACAUCUUUGUUAGUGUGACACAGGAGGCAGAGCGAGAGGAAUUCUACGAUGAGACCCGCAGGCUGUGUGACCUCCGACUCUUCCAGCCUUUCCUCAAAGUCAUUGAACCAGUUGGCAACAGAGAAGAGAAAAUACUCAACAGGGAGAUUGGGUUUGCCAUUGGUAUGCCUGUUUGUGAGUUUGAUCUUGUCAAGGAUUUUGAAGUUCAGGACUUCAGAAGAAACAUCCUCAACGUGUGUAAAGAUGCUGUGGAGCUGAGAGACGCCAACGGCCCCCAUAGCAGAGCGCUGUAUGUUUACCCUCCCAAUGUGGAAUCAUCACAGGAACUUCCCAAACACAUCUAUAGCAAACUCGACAAAGGUCAGAUAAUUGUAGUGAUCUGGGUGAUCGUUUCUCCAAACAAUGACAAGCAAAAAUAUACAUUGAAGAUCAACCACGACUGUGUGCCUGAACAGGUGAUUGCGGAGGCCAUUCGUAAGAAGACUCGCAGCAUGCUACUGUCUCCAGAGCAGUUAAAGAUGUGCGUUCAAGAAUAUCAGGGAAAAUACAUCCUCAAAGUGUGCGGCUGUGAUGAGUACCUGCUGGAAAAGUAUCCCAUCAGCCAGUAUAAGUACAUCCGUAGUUGCAUCAUGUUGAGCAGGUUGCCCAAUCUGAUGCUAAUGGCUAAAGACAGCCUGUACAGCCAGUUGCCUACAGACAGCUUUGUCAUGCCGUCAUACUGUCGACGCAUCUCCACGGCAACGUCGUAUAUGAACGGCGAGGCUGCCCCAAAGUCGCUCUGGACCAUCAGCGGAGGUCUACGGAUAAGAAUCCUUUGUGCUACCUAUGUAAAUGUAAACAUACGGGACAUAGAUAAGAUAUAUGUGAGGACGGGCAUUUACCAUGGAGGUGAACAAAUGUGUGAUAAUGUCAACACACAGAGAGUACCCUGCUCCAAUCCCAGGUGGAAUGAGUGGCUCAACUAUGACAUGUACAUCUUAGACAUCCCUCGAGCAGCCCGACUCUGCCUGUCCAUCUGCUCUGUGAAGGGCAGGAAGGGAGCUAAGGAGGAGCACUGUCCUUUGGCCUGGGGUAACAUCAACCUGUUUGAUUACACUCACACGCUGGUGGCAAAUAAAAUGGCCCUGAACCUCUGGCCUGUCCCUCACGGACUGGAAGACCUUCUCAAUCCCAUUGGAGUUACAGGAUCCAACCCCAACAAGGAAACGCCAUGUCUGGAGCUGGAGUUUGAGCACUUCAGCAGUCCAGUGAAAUAUCCAGAUAUGAAUGCGGUGGAAGAGCAUGCGAACUGGACCAUCUCCAGAGAACUGGGAUUUAACUACAACAUCUCAGGGCAGAGUAACCGUGUGGCCAGAGAUCACGCCCUGACAGACAGUGACUCUGAACAGCUGAAACAACUGAGUAACAGGGACCCUCUGUCUGAAAUAACUGAGCAGGAGAAGGACUUCCUUUGGAGACACAGGCACUAUUGCAUGAACAUUCCUGAGAUCCUUCCCAAGAUCCUUCUUGCUGUCAAAUGGAACUCCAGAGAUGAAGUAGCACAGAUGUACUGUUUGUUGAAAGAAUGGCCCUCUAUCCGUCCUGAGCAGGCCAUGGAGCUGUUGGACUGUAACUACCCAGACCCUAUGGUCAGGCACUUCGCUGUACGCUGCCUUGACAAAUUCCUGACUGAUGAUAAACUGUCCCAGUACCUCAUCCAGCUUGUACAGGUUUUGAAAUACGAGCAGUAUCUUGACAAUCCACUGGCCCGCUUCCUCCUCAAAAAAGCUUUGACCAAUCAAAGGAUAGGACAUUUCUUCUUUUGGCAUCUCAAGUCAGAAAUGCACAAUAAAACUGUGAGCCAGCGGUUUGGGCUGCUGUUGGAGGCUUACUGCAGGGCUUGUGGGAUGUACCUCAAACACUUGAGCCGGCAGGUAGAGGCCAUGGAGAAGCUCAUCAACCUCACUGAUAUUCUCAAGCAAGAAAAGAAGGAUGAAACACAAAAGGUCCAGAUGAGGUUCCUCGUGGAGCAGAUGAAGAGACCAGACUACAUGGAUGCCCUGCAGAACUUCACCUCCCCUCUUAACCCUGCACACCAACUGGGAAACCUGAGGUUAGAGGACUGCAGAAUCAUGUCAUCAGCAAAGAGGCCGCUGUGGCUGAACUGGGAGAACCCGGACAUCAUGUCAGAGAUGCUUUUUCAGAACAACGAGAUCAUUUUCAAAAAUGGAGAUGACUUGCGUCAGGAUAUGUUGACAUUGCAGAUCAUCAAAAUAAUGGAGAACAUUUGGCAGAAUCAGGGACUGGACCUACGGAUGCUGCCCUACGGCUGUCUGUCAUUAGGAGACUGCGUGGGGCUCAUCGAGGUGGUCCGUAGCUCCCACACCAUCAUGCAGAUUCAGUGUAAAGGAGGCUUGAAGGGAGCCUUACAGUUCAACUCCAACACUCUGCAUCAGUGGCUCAAGGACAAGAACAGGGGGGAGAUGUAUGACAUGGCUGUGGAUCUGUUCACCAGGUCUUGCGCUGGCUACUGUGUAGCUACAUUCAUCCUGGGGAUUGGAGAUCGACACAACAGCAACAUUAUGGUGAAAGACGACGGGCAGCUGUUUCAUAUAGAUUUUGGACAUUUCCUGGAUCAUAAGAAGAAGAAAUUUGGCUACAAAAGAGAACGGGUACCUUUCGUGCUGACGCAGGACUUCCUCAUUGUCAUCAGCAAAGGAUCACAGGAAUGCACAAAGACCAAAGAGUUCGAAAGGUUCCAGGAGAUGUGCUACAAAGCUUACCUAGCCAUCCGCCAACAUGCCAACCUCUUCAUCAACCUGUUCUCCAUGAUGCUGGGCUCCGGGAUGCCCGAGCUGCAGUCCUUUGACGACAUUGCGUACAUCCGAAAAACGCUGGCGCUCGAGAAAGGCGAGCAGGAAGCAUUGGACUACUUCAUGAAGCAGAUGAACGAUGCUCACCAUGGAGGAUGGACCACCAAGAUGGACUGGAUAUUCCACACAAUUAGACAGCAUGCACUCAACUGAUACCUCACCCACAAACAAACCAGUCCCACCGUGGAGUAUUAUUUCCCAGAAGGAGCAAACUCUUCCAAGAAGUUCAUCUCUGCAUGACAGCAGACUAGCGAGCAGUCUACCAAUGAGGGAACUGUUUUUAUACACCUAUAUAUUUCCUUUUUGAAGCACUUUUUUUUGUUCAAUCAAAUAUGGUUCCAUUUUUCUGUAUUAUAAAUACACGUUUGUGUGCUUUCUGGUAUGUGCACUGUUCUCAGCUUGAGUUAGGGAGAGUGUGGAUGGUGUUUGCAUAUUAUGCUGCUGUGCAUCAUCCUUUUUUUGUUUUCUUCAUCCAUCAGAGCGAUUUGACCAGGGACACGUCAUCCCUCGCUCUGCUGAGGAAAAGCCCAGGUUUCACAGUGCAGCUUAAGAAGCUGCCUCUGCCAAGGUAUCAAUGUAGCCACAAAGUAAGUCCAACUUACUUCCCUCCUCGGCCAUACGAGUGCUGCACUUUGGCUCGUCAUCUCUAGGAAGGUAGCGGGCACAAGCACCUUUUUUUUUUGUUUUAUUUUAGAAUCCAUUUGUCGUUUUACACUACAGCAGAACUGGUCUGUGGAAGCUUUUAGGUUGUCUUACAUCGUGGACAUGAAGUUGCAGAUGUUUUUGGAAAUAUCAAAGCUAAAAUCUGCAGCUUGUUCCCCACUUCAGAAACAUCUAACAAAGUUAGACUCUAACCAGAAAUUUUAGGGUGACCAUCUUUUCUAGAAAAUCUAAAAAUAAGCAGCUAAAUGAAGGUUUAUUGUGUGUUUUUUUUAAUUUAUGUACAAUAGUUUCCAAUUCAAAACCCAACAUUAUCAGUUGUUUUUUUGUUUUGUUUUUGCAUUAUUUCCAGCUUCCUGUGCAACUGCCUAUCUUCUUCCUUAUCAUCACAGCCUCAGCCUAAUCCUACUGAUUCCUUUUUUAUUUUUGCUUUGUCACUUUAUGAAAAACAUUUUUUUAUUUAGAUGUGUUUUUCUCCCCAUUUUACAUCACUUUUUUUGGAGAGUUAAAAAAAAAAUCAUAUUUUAAAAGUUACUGUGUUCAUAAUUUCGUUUUUUGUUGGUAAAUAGAGGCUCAGGGGAAUGUCUCGUCUUCCUCUUUAUUUAAAUGCCUUUAAAUCACUGAAAAACUGCACAAUGUUGCACAAUAUUAAACCCAAAAACCUGGCACUAAUUAAAAAAAACUUUAAGGGAAACCAUCUAAUUUGACUAAAACUUUGCCUUUUACAUAUAUUGACUCUUAAGCUGUGAUAUUGGGUUAAAAUAUAGAAAUAUCCAAAUUAUUACAAGAGGGACUCAAAAAAUAAGUAUUUUUGUAUGCUUUUGCCUCCUAACAGGUUUUAAAAAGUGACUAUUUGAGGACUUUAGUGUGAGAUGCAGCUCUUUUGGGGGUAAUAUAGAACACUACAAUCAGCUGAACUCUUUAAUGAGACGUAAUUAAAUGGAAAUGUUUUAAAGUAGCUCCAUGAAAUCCUAAGGAGCUCACUUAUGAAUAAAUAGGUGGGAGAAAAAUAAUCAAGUUUAACUGAUUGUAGUGUCAGUUUAAAGCUGCAUGAAUGUAUAAAAGAUUUUUUUUCGUAAAGGCAGAAGCUGAGAGUUCUUUCCUCUUUCUGCUCCUAUUUUCGAUGCAUCAGAAAAAAAGUUCAUACUCUAAGGGGUUUUAAAAACGUACUUUUUUUUUGUUAAAUCCUUUUUCUACUUUAAAACCUAAUAUGCAUGUUUGUGAAACAGCCUCAUCUGUCUGUCUGUAAGACUCCAUUUUGAAGAACCGUUAACCUUUUGUUUGCUAUGAAUGAUGUGUGAAACAAACAGAAGCCCCAUUGUGUCAUCAUCCUGUACAUACUGAAGGACGUGUUUGCGAGUGCCAUACGAACUCUUCUGCACGGGCUGCAGGCUUUCAUUGGCAGGUCCCAGUGACUCCGGCAGCUGUGUUGUCUUUCAAUGUUCAGACCCUCCCCUCUACGGCAGGCGUGUGCCAAAAAACAUGUUUAUAAAGAAACAUAAACUCCUCUGAUAAGUCGUUUUACUUGAAAUUUUGUGACUCUACAGCCCUUCUGUAUUUAGCUAGCUGUAUUUGGUGGGGUAUGUGUGCGGGAGGGGGGGGUGCAAUGUCUAUUUAGUACUUUUUGUGUGUACGGCAGGUGACCGGUUGUGUUCGAUUCCAGUGGUGAAUGUUUUUUGCACCACAGUCCAUCAUUUAAGGAAGAAGACUCCAUUUUUGAGUGAAGGACUGAGAUUGUGCUUUUUGUGAAUGAGGUGACAAGAACGCAUCUGUUUGUCAUGAAUCUGACUGAUCCUUCUAACCUGUAAAAGCACGUUUGUUUAAAUUUCCUUUUGGUGCCCAUCUUUUAUGAACUGAAGUAUUUUUUUUUUCUCUCUGAAGUAAAAAACAAACUCACAACUCAGUGCAAUAUUCCUGCUAUUUCCCCCAACAGCUGCAGGUUUUUAUUUAUUUUUUCUACUAACUUCUUUAUUGAUUAAGAUGUGUAACAAAACAAAAAAAAAUCCACUUGAGCUUGAAGGUGGCAGAUCAUGGAUUUACGUUUUCUACAACUGCAUCAUGAUGAUAUUUCCUAAAAUGCUCCAUAUUGUCAGUAAUUCUUCGUAUACAAUUAUGAAUUGUUUCUUCCAAUUCGACCUGCAUGAGAUGGGUAAAAAACAAAGAAAAAAACAACAAAUCCUCUGGCUACAUUCAGUUUUUGAUAUAUUUUUUAAGGCACCAGAAAAAAAUGUUGAUAAAUGAAUGCCUUAAGUGUGUUCCCUUGUAGUUUCUAGGCUCUAACUUGAAGUAACCUUCCUUUUUAUUUAUGAAUGUAUUUUUUUUUUUGGCUAAGUUGCCAGAGUUCAGGUUUGAACCUUGACUGAAUGGUCAUCUGAGUGUUCUGUGAAGAUGUACAAAUAAAUUUGUUAAACAUUCACUUCUUCUUGUGUUUGCUCUUGUGCUACAAAAAUAUCAUGGUUUUAUUCUGAAAAUUACUUUCAGGGCUUUAGUUUUCUGCAUAAUUAACAAGUAUCUGUUAUUUUACAGUAAUCAAACCCAACUGUUUUAAAUAUAUGUCAAUUUUUUUCUAUCCUAAGGGAAUGUAAAAGUGUAUUUUAAUAAAAAAACAAACAAACAAGGAACACCAAAACAUUUACUUUACUUUAAUGUUAGAAAACUGAUGUUUUGUUUUUUAAUGAGUAAGUUCAGAUCAGAAAAAUAAGGUUUUUUGCUUUUCAUUCACUUCUUUGUUCUAGAGCUUUCUAAAUAGUCAUUUCCACAACUUUUUUGAAUGAUCUGCUUUCUAUGAAGGUAACAUUACUUGGAAAAAAAAAAAAAAAA